AGUUUCCUUUUGCUUUUUUUCCCCAUUCCCUGAUUUUUUUCCCCUUCUAUUUUAAAGUUGCGGGGAGUGGUCAUGGCGUUGCCUCCCGGCUCUCACUCCCUCGCCUCUUUCCGCAUUGCGAAGUAUUAUGAACGGAUUAUUUUCCGUUUUCCAAUGCCCCCCCGGAUCUUAUCAUCAAUAGUACAUCCACACUAUUAUAUAUGUAGGUACUUAUAUCCUAGCGCUACGCGUUAGGAUGCCUCAGGUACCUAGGGUAGGUACCUAGAUUAUCGUACCAGGAUGCCUGACCCAACUCCACCCGGCCGAGAAAGAUACUGUACCUAUUGAACUAUUUCCGCGUUUGCAGCCCAAACCCAAACCCUACCAUGUAUCUAGACACUAUCCCGUAUAGGGUUCGUGUGAGUCCACGCCACCCCGGUGCCGACACGAGGAAAGCGAAACCGAGAAUCCUUGCUUUUGAGCCUCAAAAAAUCUCAUCCUUGCGCUCUCCCCUCCCUCGGACCCCUCUUCCCAAACUCGCUAAGGCGGUAGGAAUAGGGAGAUAGGCAAGAUUUACCUACCUAGGUACCCAGGGCAAAUGGCGCUCACAAGCCGCAUCUCCUUGCAAGGCCCUCCCACCUCGGAGCCAGAGGACUUCCUGAGCUCCUCGCUGGGCGUCAUCUUCCCGGACGACGUGACGAACCAGCACGGGGACGCAGACCAUUCGCUCGCAUACGCCUCCCCGCACCUGCCCCGGCCCCUGCAUAUCGCCCUCGCGGACCCGGACCAGGAGAGCGACCGCAAGCUAUUCUCCCACUACCUGUGGAACGCGAGCCUGCUGCUCGCCGAGUUCGUCGAGGCCGGCACCAUAGGUCUGCCCCUCGCCGUCGGCAGGGGCGAGCUCCAGGCCUCCGACUUCGAUGUCUCGGGGCUCACGUGUCUGGAACUAGGUGCUGGCACCGCGCUCCCGAGCCUCAUGGCCGCGCUGCUAGGCGCGGCCGACGUCGUCAUCACGGACUACCCUUCCGAAACCGUGCUGACCACCCUGCGCAAGAACGUCACGGCGAACGCCAAGCCGGAGAACUCGCCCCGGCAAACCGUCACCCCUAUCGCAGUCGACGGGCACUCGUGGGGGGAGCUAGACACGCCCUUUACGACGGCGCACCGGGGCCGCUUCGACCGCGUCUUCGUGUGCGAUUGUCUCUGGAUGCCGUGGCAGCACGCGAACCUGCACCGGUCCAUAUCCUGGUUCCUCAAAUCAUCCUCCCCCUCCUCCAACUCCGCGCAGGCCUGGGUCGUCGCGGGGUUCCACACCGGCCGCGCCAAGAUGCGCGGGUUCUUCGAGCCUACAGCGCUCGCCGAGGCCGGUCUCGAGGUCGAGAGGCUCUGGGAGCGCGACUGCGACGGGGUUGAGCGCGAGUGGGUCUGGGACCGCGGGCAGGAGGACGUCAGCGAGCGGAAGCGCUGGCUGGUUGUCGGCGUGCUGAGGCGGAGGGCCGAGGGGGUCGAGGGGUGAGUGGUGAGGGUAUAGGUCGAUGACAUUACGACGGCCUGGAAUAGGCUGUGCUGCGCUCUAAACACUGAACGAUAUCCAUUUCUUCCGGCUUUCGUCUCCUUGAAGAGGGGUAGAGUGAAUUACUUCUCGCUCGAUUGGCGCCUAAGUCGUAAUAGGGUGCUCCUAGGUCGGAUCUAAGUUGUAAUGCAUUGAGACAUGAGGUAUUGACAAGUUGCUUGGCUAUAUAAACACUACAAUAUCUAGUACGAACACCUAAGGACGCUGCUGGAGGAAUCAUCGAGGUAGGCAUAGGCCUUUGGGAGCACACUCUUACACCUAGCAUAUUACGGUGAUAUCUACUGUUAAAAAGGGGCUGUGCGACUCAUAUUCAACAAUACCGCACUCAAACACAAACAAAC